GAUCGACUCGUUCACGAGGCGUGCGUUGAGCGCGACUGCUAUCCAUCGCCACUCAAUUAUUACAAUUUCCCGAAGUCUUGCUGUACUUCUGUUAACGAAGUGAUAUGUCAUGGGAUACCGGAUCAGAGGCCACUCCAAGACGGAGACCUAUGCAAUGUCGACAUCACUGUAUAUCACCGCGAAUUUCACGGCGAUCUCAACGAAACAUUUUUUGUGGGCAAAGUGUCCGAAGAGAGCAAACGACUGGUGACCGUCACCUGGGAAUCGCUUCAGAAAGCCAUUGAACUCAUAAAACCCGGCGAACGGUAUCGAGAGAUCGGAAAUGUAAUUCAAAAACACGUUCAAACCAAUGGUUAUUCAGUGGUGAAGAGUUAUUGCGGACAC